AUGCCGCCACGCGUUCCUCUAUUGUCGAGCCUAAGAGCUCUGAAUGGUUUGUUAGAUGUUCAAGAAUGUAUAUCGCGGAUUCCAACAUUUAUUACAGGACAAGGCUGCACAGCAUCCCCGUCGGCGCAGAUCUGUCGUACUUUCGCCUCGACAUCUGUAGACCAGGCCUCGACCGUCCAGCAAAAGAGACGACACCGCGAUCCAUACGCUCUAGCACAGGCUCGUGCCCGCAAAGCCGCCAACAUCUCGCGCCAGCAAGUUCUCGAGCAGGAGCGCUCAGCAGCCCUUGGUGACCCCGUGCGAGGAAUCAAUACGCCUUUCGUUCAGUCAUUCGACACGGCCAUUCCUCCAACUCCCACCCCUUCUUCCACUAGCGACACCCAUACUGCCACUCGCAACGAAUCACCUUCACCAAAACGAUCCCCUUCUGGCCCGAACGCCCAGACCGAGGAAUACAAGAAUUUCUUCCUCACUCAACGGGAAAUCAAGGAGGCGUCUGUCCGCAGUGAACAGUUGACUGCUUCUGUCGCCGACCAGGACUUCUUCGAGACCAACGACCCCGAAGAGAAGCAACGCAGGGAUCAGGAACGCCAACAGAGCGAGCAAGAGCGCAAACAGAAGCAUGCCACAGCCACCGAAGCUCUCAACCGCAUUGUGUCAUUGUCGAACGGCUCGUCCAAGGAUCGUCUUCGCGUGAAUAUCCAGCGCUGUGUCGACGCUUUCGGUCGCCACCAAACCGACAAGAAGCUGCCCUCCAAGCCUCCGGUCGCCGAGUCAAUUCUUCUGAAGAACCCCAGCGCCAACACACAAAAGGUCGAGCGUGCUGGCCCCGACACAGGCAGUAGCGAGGUUCAGAUCGCCAUCUUGACGGCCAAGAUCAAGACGGUGGCCGAUUUCUUGGAGAGCAGAGGAAGACCCGAUAAGAUCAACAAGCGCAACCUCACCAUCCUGGUCCACAAGAGACAGAAGCUUCUCCAGUACCUUAGGCGAAAGGAGAGAGGUGGCCCAAGAUGGCAGCACCUGAUUGAGACACUCGGCCUGACCGAGGGAACUUGGAAGGGCGAGAUCAGUCUACGAUAA